CCCCGCCCCUCCCCAAUUCUAAAAAAAAAAAAAUCCCCAAAACUUUAAAGUAGGGCCUCUGUAAAUAAAAGGAGGGUUACAAAGGACGUCCAAGUUUUCCAAAAUCAUCCCAAAUGAAAGCCAAGAAAAGCAACAAGGACAGUAUUAGUUUCGGGCAUCUGUACCUUCUCUACAAGUACAGAGAAUAUACUCAGUUACUGUUUAUCUAAGUGGCAGUAAAUACUCUGGGAUACUCCUCCCAUGGAGCUUAAUCUGUAGUGUUGGAAGACACCCCCAAUAAAUAAAAUUAAUUACAUGUUAGAAAUAGAAAAGUGCUAUGGAAAAGGUCUGGAGGUGAGAGAGCAAGCUCUGUGGAUACCUGGGGGUAUCUACCCAGGGUGUCUAUCGAGGCAGAGGAACAAGCACAAAGGCUCCAUAGUGGAAGCAUGCUUCACUCAAUUGAAGAAUGGCAGGCCAGUCUGGCUGCAGCGGAACAAAUAAGGGGAAAGUGGUAGAAGAUGAGAUCAGAGUGUUAGUGUGGAUGAUGGAGAUCUUGAAGGGCUCUGUGGGCCAUUGUAAGGACUUUGGCUUUGUUCGGAGAUAGGAGAGCAAGUGUGUUGAGAAUAGGAUAAACAGGGCAAGAGUAGGAGUGAGACCAGUUGGCAGGCAUUUGUAGUGAUCCAGGCAACAGAUGAUGGGUGCUUAGACCAGGGUGGCAGCACUGGAGGUGGUGAGAAGUGGUCAGAUUCUGUAUGUAUUUUGAGAGUACAGCCAACAGGAUUUGCAGAGGAACUGGAGGUGGGUUGUGUGAUAAAGAGAAUGAUGACCACAAGGUGUUUGAACUGAGCAACUAGAAGGACGAGUUGCCAUUUACUGAAGUAGGGAAAACUGCGGGAGUAAGAGUUACGGCAUUGGGGGAGGAAGGAUCUCAAAAAUUCAGUUUUGAACGUCCUAUACUAGAGAUAUUCAUUAAACAAGUAAGGAGUUAAGGAGACAGCUCAAGGUCAGAGGAGAAACGCAUGCUGGAGAUAUAAGUUGGGAGUUGAUCACAUUUGGAUGGUAUUUAGAACAUCCAGACUGAACAAGAUUACUGAGAAGUGUUCACAGAAAAAGAAGAGCGGUCCAGGGAUUCCAACAUUUAGUUGGUUUCCAAAUGAGCAGCUUCACCAUCCCUUGGGAACUUGUUAGGAAUGCAAAUGCUCAGGUCCCACUCCAGAUUCCCGAAUAAGGGUUGAGUUUAGCACUGUUUUAACAAGACUUCCAGGCGGUCAUGGUACAGUUUGAGAACCACUGGUUUAGAGGCUGCGGUCACUUUAUAUCAUCUCUGUUCCCGCCACAAUGGGCGGGCUGAUAAUGGGCGCAGAAAGGAAGCGAUGCGGCGGCCUCCCCUCCCGAGGGAGCACCGCCGGUAGAGAGGGAAUCCAGGGUAGGUCGGGGGUGGCGCCCUUGGCUCGUCACAGUUGCGGGGCAGUGAACGUCCUCUGCGAGGCGGGAGUUAGUGCGGCCGAAUACAUCUUCUGAGCCGGGGCCCAGCGUCCGCAUCCAAGAAGGAGGGCCUAACAGGCUUGGAAGGGUUUCUCAGGGGCCCAACUCUCUCGGCGACCCAAUAAGUGCGCGACUUCGGUACAGUGCCGGCCCGGAGUGGAGAGGGCAGCCUGGCCAACAUCCCGCAGAGUCCUCUGGGAAGCGGCCACCGGUGACGUAGACCGCGCCUCGCGGAGGAUUCUGGGAGUCGUAGUUCAGCCUCGAGAUCCGGCCGGCUCAACUUGGCCCGGCCGGCUCUCAGAUGCCUUUGUUGCUAGGCCGGGGCUGCUUCUGCGUGGUGCGGGAGGUCGAACCUGGGGUCGAGGAGGCCUAAGCGCGGGUCCUUCCAAGUCUGAGUGGGCGGAAGGAGGGCGGCGGGAGGGCCCCGGGGUGGCGCCAGGCUGCCCUGCGAGGGUUGCGCGCGCGUUCCCGGGCCUCUGAGUGCACCAGAGCGGCGGACCCCCGGGGUCCCUCGCGCGUUCGCUGCGCCCUUCUUCCGCGGCCGUCGUCGCCUGCGCGGGCCAGGGGAGGGAGUCUCCAUGGAGCCUGGGGGCAGAGGUGACAAGUAGCCGUGUAUGGAAGUUUCUGCAAGUUUACUGCAAGGCAAGAGUAAUUGUCAUGGCUCCUAUCUCUACUUGUAGGGUCGCUUUCUGAGGACUCAGACCUUCCCAGUGCUGAAAACCCUAAAGAAAAUGGCAUGGUCACUGUGUUGCUGACCGCUGCGUCCCAGGAGUCAUUGGUAAUCAGGGAUAUGGCCGAGGCUCUCACCCAGUGGAAGCAGCUGAACCCUCCUCAGGGAGAUGUGCCUGAGAAGCACAGGAAUCUGGUCUUGCUGGGGCUUCCAAUUUCCAAGCCCGAUGCGAUCUCUCCUUUGGAGUGCGGAAAGGAGCUGGAGAGAGAAGUCUCAAAAGCAGCUCUUUCAGACUGGGAGACAAGACCAGAGAGUAAGGACCUAACUCCAGAGCAGGAUAUUUCUGAAGAAGAAUCAGCCCCUGGGGUGUUAAUAGCAAGAUUUCCAAAGGAAAGUUCCAGUGAAUACGAGGAUUCUUCAGAGAGUCAGCAGGAAAACCAUGAGAAACAUUUAAUACAGGAGGUUGUUGCUCAGAAGAAAUCUUCUGGGGAGAGAAGUUACCAGUGUCAUGAAUUUGGGAGAAGUUUUAGUCGAAGGUCAUUACUUGUUCAACAGCAAGGAGAGAGACUACAUAACUGUGAUUCAUUUAAAAAGAACUUAAAACAAAAUUCAGAUCUAAUGAGGCACGAGAAAGUUUGUGCAGAAAAGAAACCUUGGCAGUGUAAUGAGUGUGAGAAAGCCUUUAGUUACUACUCAGCUUUUGUCUUGCAUCAGAGAAUUCACACAGGAGAAAAACCCUACGAAUGUAAUGAAUGUGGUAAAGCUUUUAGCCAGAGUAUACAUCUUACGCUACACCAGAGAAUUCAUACUGGAGAGAAACCCUACGAGUGUCAUGAAUGUGGGAAAGCCUUCAGUCACCGCUCUGCCCUUAUUCGGCAUCAUAUAAUUCAUACUGGAGAGAAACCCUAUGAAUGCAAUGAAUGUGGGAAGGCCUUUAAUCAGAGCUCAUACCUCACUCAACAUCAGCGAAUUCAUACUGGAGAGAAACCUUAUGAGUGUAAUGAAUGUGGGAAGGCCUUUAGCCAAAGCACAUUCCUUACCCAGCAUCAGGUCAUUCACACUGGAGAGAAACCCUAUAAGUGUAAUGAAUGUGGGAAAGCCUUUAGCGAUCGAUCGGGCCUUAUUCAGCACCAGAGAACUCAUACUGGGGAGAGGCCUUAUGAGUGUAAUGAGUGUGGGAAAGCCUUUGGCUACUGUUCAGCCCUGACUCAACACCAGAGAACUCACACUGGGGAGAAACCCUAUAAAUGCAAUGAUUGUGCCAAAGCCUUCAGUGACCGCUCAGCCCUCAUUCGUCAUCAGAGAACACACACUGGAGAGAAACCUUACAAGUGUAAGGACUGUGGAAAAGCUUUCAGCCAGAGCUCAUCUCUUACAAAGCAUCAGAAAACUCACACUGGAGAAAAACCCUAUAAGUGUAAGGAAUGUGGAAAAGCUUUCAGCCAGAGCUCAUCCCUUUCUCAACAUCAGAAAACUCAUGCUGGAGGGAAAACCAAAGAAUACGGAAAAGCCUUUAGUGAGCAUUCAGCCUUUGGCCAGCAGAAGAGAAUUCAUACUGGAUAAAGACUAUGUAAAUGUGGUACAUUUGGAAGAUUUUUAUUGAACAUUUACUAAACGUGGUGUGAGCGCUACAAAGGAGUUUAAGAAUGUGUUACAAACAAGAUAUUAAUUGAGAAGUCAUUGUUGGCGUGGGACAUAGCUUACUUAGAAUGUGAAGGAGGAGUUUUACAUUUUUUUCAGUGCAGCAGAGGACUUUGAAUUUCCCUGGGGAAAGAGGAAGAUUAUUUCCAGCACCCUAAUGUGUAUGUAAGCUUCCAAAUCCUUGAGAGAGAAACAGGGUGUGCGAUGAUGGAAAGAAGACAUCUUGUCUGGGCUGGGUCAUCUCUUAAUGCUAAGGAGAUGGAGUUUUGAAGAGAUGAGUGGUUCUUUAGGGAAGUUGCAGAGGCAGAAAUAAGAGAUUGAGAAUUCACAAUGAGUUUGUCCAGGGUUGAGAGUGGAGGCGAAAGGGAAGUUGUCCUUAGGCUCAAGUACAAGGGCACUUAGGAGGUAGAUGGGAAGGAGAGAGAAAGAGAACCGGGGGGAAUGAACUCAAGAAAUGUUGAUUGAGAUAACUGCUCAAACGAGUGCUCCCAACUGGGGAAAUAUUCAUCAUUUGGUCAGUUGCAGUUUCUACCCUGAAGCCAAGGAGCACUGGCCUGGCAGUCUGCUUCUGCACUUUCUGUCUUUGAGAUCUUGCUUGUUGAUUUGCUGCCUGCUAAGAAUCGCGUUAACUCCAAGGGUCAAGACUGACAGCCUAGAAAGUACAGUAGGGACCUUUGAUGUUUUCAGUCUAUUUUAAGCUACCUAUUUUAAGCUAAGUUCCCUGAGAAUGUGCUUAUUUAUAAAGAUGUUACCUCAAUUGUCCGUAGUUAGUACUUUAGGCUUAUUCUUAGUUGUAGACCUGAACUGACGCUGCGUAUUGGAUUGUGAAAGACUUGAAAAGACUCCAAAAUACUUACCUUUCACCAUUUUACUCUUGCGUAGAAGCAGACGAUGUCUUUGUAUAUAUAUUUUUUUCAUUGAAACUUCAAAGGUUGUCACUGCACA